AUGCAGCUUCAAGAUGGGAUAUUCCAGAAGCUAGGCGCAGACCAGUGGAACUCUGUCCUCAGGUCGAAGGUCAACACAACAAAGAACCUUCAUCAAUAUCUUCUGUCAGACCUAGACUCUAUCAUUUGUCUCUCUUCUGUCGCAGGCAUAAUUGGGUCCCGAGGGCAGGGCAAUCACAACUCCGGCAAUACAUUUCAAAAUGCUUUCAUGCAUUAUAGGCGUAGUAUUGGGCUCCCAGGCACAAGCAUUAACCUCAGUCUAGUCACAGAUAUAGGUGUGGCCACUGAGAAAAACGAAGCAUUUCAACUUCUCAGUAGCGGAGGCCUCGUAGUGCGCGCGGCCAUGGCUCAGCAGACGCCCUCACAAUCCAUCAUUGGUAUCUCUCGUCAGUCCUAUUUCAAACGAGCCGAUAUUACCGAGCCGUACUGGCUAGCCGAAGCUCGCUUCCUCCCACUCAAGGCCGACAGCGAACACGGUCAAGAUUCACAGGGCAACGGAGAUUAG